AUGGCAAGUUUCCACAAGGUAGAAUCGAGCAAUAUUGACUAUUCACAAAGGGCUCAAUGGCUUCGUGCUGCUGUAUUAGGAGCCAAUGAUGGGUUGGUUUCUGUUGCUUCAUUGAUGAUGGGUGUUGGAGCUGUCAAAAGAGAUGUCAAAGCAAUGCUACUUGCUGGUUUUGCAGGAUCAGUUGCAGGAACUUGUGGUAUGGCAAUAGGAGAGUUUGUUUCUGUGUAUACUCAGUAUGAAGUUGAGGUUGGUCAAAUGAAGAGAGAUAUGAAAAUGAGUAGUGAAAAAGGAGAAAAAGACUUGGAGAAAAGGAGAACUUUACCUAAUCCAUUGCAUGCUGCUUUGGCUUCUGCAUUCUCUUUUUCUAUAGGUGCAUUGGUUCCUUUACUUUCAGCUGCAUUUGUAACAAAUUACAAGAUAAGGCUUAUUGUGGUUGUGUCAGUGGCUAGCUUGGCUUUGGUGGUGUUUGGAAGUGUGGGAGCUCAGCUAGGAAAGACACCUAAGAUAAGAUCUUGUGUAAGGUUUCUUCUUGGGGGAUGGAUGGCUAUGGCUAUCACUUUUGGGUUAACCAAAUUACUUGGCUCUAGCGGUUUGGAAUUAUGA